GGUAGAUGGAGUAUUUCCAAUUAUUGUGUGGAUUCUUGUGGUAUAGUUGUUGCAUUACCGAUUGGUGAGAGCGUGGUUUGACGUAUGCAGGAAAUUGCGUAACAACUCACUUCAGUAGCCCAGUGUGUUGAGUGGCCUCUUUACGUGAACAAUGUUUCGCUUGAACGCUUUCUUUUUUAAAGCUGAACCAUAGCAAUUUAAAUUUACAUUUUGCAAUGUCACCGAUGCAAGGCUUAGAAUUUUAGAGGGAAAAAUGUCUUUGGGGCUUCUUAAAAGUCCUUUUAGAAAACGCCACCGGGCUCCAUUUCACAACAAAAAACGUCUCCAAGAUCCUGUUGACGGUACUAAAGGGCAAGUUAAUGUCAACAUCAUCGAUGUAGAUCAGCCGAUCCCGCUAACACGUACCCAACGACCGACAUCUAUCCUUAGCGCCAUCAAGGACGGACAGACGAAUUGUGUAUCUGAGUUUCUCGCCCGGGAAGAGUACAGGAGAGAGGUGAAUGAACUUGACUCAUUAGGGCUCGCAUUUCUGCACCACGCCGCGAGAUAUGAUCGAGCUGAGAUUGUGGUCGUGCUGGUUGAGAACGGAUCUGAUGUCGAUGUGCGUUCAGACGAGGGACUCACCCCGAUACAAGUCGCUAUAAGGUGCGAUAGUGUAAACACUAUUAAGCGUCUUCUCGAGCUGGGCGCCGACCCCGAGACCCCUGAUCACCAUGGCAACACAGCGCUGCACCACGCUGUGCUGCAGGCAAACGUGCACGUGACCAAGCUUCUCCUGGACUACCCCCAGGUACACGCGGACGCCAGAAACACAGUCCAGCAGACACCAUUGCAUCUGGCGUGCCACCUUGGUAACCUCGAGCUGAGCGAGGUAUUGAUCAGUCACGGGGUGGACCUCAGGGCGCAGGCAUCUGGUCACCUGACCCCACUGCAUAUGGCGGCAUCGUCAAAGAACCUUAAGAUAGUCAAGCUAAUCGUUGAGAAAGCGUUGGCACAAGAAAUACCAGCGGUCACACUAAUGAGCGAUAAAGACAUAGACGGCAACACUGCAUUCCACUUAGCCGUAAAGGCCGCUGACCACAACAUUGCGGGCUACUGCCUGGAGAAGGGUGCCUGUGUAAACGAGACGUUAAAUUGCGGAAGCACUGCGCUCCAUGUGGCUGCGGCUAAAGGUAGCUUGGAAUGCGUGAGACUUGUGGUAGAACAUGGAGCGCCAGUGAACGUCGUGGACAUUAAUCACAGGACACCGUUACAUAGCGCCGCCAUGAUGGGCUGUACAAGUGUGAUACGAUUCCUUGUGCAGCAUGGCGCUGACCUGGAGGCCGUGGACUCAGAUCACUUCACGCCAUUCUUGACCGCAGUGCAAUCUGGGACCUGUUACGCCGUAGAAGAGCUAUGGAAUCUAGGAGCUAAUGCGGCUGCCACGGAUACAUUAAGCCGUAACUGCUUGCAAAUAUGCAUCGAGUAUGCACACCCGGAAGCGUUGGAUAAGCUCCUCACCAUCAGUAGCCAGAUGUGUCUCUCACGCGCAGAUAUUGACAAUAAGUCCGCCAUACACUACGCCGCCGUCACCGAUAACUACAAGAUCCUGGAAACAGUUCUCAGCUUUGGUCCUAAUGCGAGCCCACGAGACAGCAGUCAGCAGACUCCCUUGCACCUUGCGGCCGCGCGGGGCCUGGUUCAGCACGUGGAGGCUCUCGUUAGAUACGCGGCGGGAGUAAACGAACGCGACGAUCAAGGGAGGACGCCGUUGCACCUUGCCGCCGCAGGGGGGUGGAAAAAAGUCUGCUCCGUUCUGCUGCGAUCCGGAAGUGACGUCAACGCUAAGGAUGCUAAGCGCGCAACACCGCUGAUGCUCGCGGCGCAACAUGGAUGCCCCAAGACUUGCCAACUUCUCCUUGACAACCAGGCAUCAAUUGUCGAGGUUACCAUAGAUAUGGAGACAGCUCUUAGCUCUGCUAUCAAGAGCAAUAGCCCAGGGUGUGUAGAACUUUUUCUGGAUCGCGGGGCAGGUAUCAACGUGGAGUUCGACGUCAGUUAUUUAUCGGUUGCCAUGGCGAUUGUCAAUCAUGAGAGAUGGGAAGAAAUUCUCCAGCAUAACCACGACCUUAUGCGCGAUCUCAUCCAGCGUUUCCCGGCUGCUGCGCAGAUAGUGAUGGAUAAGUGUAUACAGCACACAGGGCGCCCGUCUGAUCCGGACUUCACAAUCACAUACGAUUUCCGGUUCCUCAAUUCAGACCCUGACUCCGUCGAAGCCACCACAGGGCACCCAUUUUUCGCUCCUACGGCGAUGAUAAAACACGCGCGAGAGGAUCUGCUCCUUCACCCUUUGACGGAGAAGUUCCUCGCAACAAAAUGGCGGAACCUUGGCCGCUACGCCUACUUAUUUAAUUGUGCCGUAUACAUUGUGUUCUUAGUGGUAUACAGCAUCUUCCUGAUUACAGAGAGCUCUAAACCAUAUUUUGGGUCUACAAACACUUCUACUCGGGCGGCAAUUGAUCUAUUUACGGCCCCUGAAAACGCAACCAUGUUAAGAGCAAAGUGGAUCUCACUCGUACUCACGUGCUUCUUCUUUGUAAAGGAACUUUCGCAAAUUGUGUUCCAAGGAAGGGGUUACUUCAAGGAAAGUAGCAACAUCGCUGACUGGCUGCUGAUUGUCUUUACCUUGCUUUACUUGGCACCGUAUUUCCUCUCGGCUGAACAACUGGAAUCAAUCACGGGCGAUGCACGAAACGGUGGUCAGUACUUCUGGUCCUUUGGACUUGUUUCCAUCUUCUUCACGUACUUCAACUUGGUACUGUUCUUGCGAAGGUUCGAGAUGAUUGGUCUGUAUAUAGCAAUGCUGCUGGGAGUAGCCAAGACCGUUUUUCGAGCGUUCAUGGCAUUUUCUGUUUUCAUCCUGGCAUUUGCUGUGGCAUUUUCUGUGCUUCUGAACAAGCAGCCCUCGUUUCGAAACUUUGGUUACUCCAUUCUCCGUGUAAUCGUCAUGACAACCGGGGAUCUCAAUUACGAUGACACCUUUGUGAAUUCUGUUGGCAAAAGGGACAGCGCUGGGUCCCUGCUCAACCCUAUACCAUUGGUGGCCUUUUUGUUGUUGUUUUUCUUCAUUGUCUUCUCCGUGAUAGUAAUGAUGAAUUUACUGGUGGGUCUUGCCGUCGGUGAUAUUGAGGCCAUUCGUCGACAGGGCACUCUGAACCGUCUCUCCAUGAUGGUGUCGUACGCAGCGUCUCUAGAGCAGAAAUACCCGCGUUUUUUGUUGCGACGGGUCUAUAAGGAUCGUCUGGUAGAACAACCGAACCGCAGCAAGCUAAAACGCGCCUUACGGGAAUCAGCUUUAAAGAAAGCAUUCGAGUCAGCUCUUGACGAUGGGGAUAACGCCAAGGGAAUAAGUGAUGUGAAUGACGUCAUAAAGCAAGAUGUCAUUAAAAAUAAACAACGUAUUAAGGCUAUCAUCAUGAUGAUAGAAGCGCAAAACCAACUGCUUAGUGACCUAGCCAGCAAAGAUGGACGGGACGCAAGGGGUACAGAUGGAGGGUUGGGCCAAGAGGACAAUCUGUCCUCAAUGUCUGAGAUAUGUGACGCCUUUAAAAGAUCUACAGAUAACAAGCUUUGAAGGCAGAAAUAAUACUCAACCAAAAUGCAUUGCACACAAAAAAAUAUACGCCUUAAUCUGAAUGGAGUAAUAAGGUAGUUAACUGUGCUUAAGAGAAUUAGAAAGGAAAGUCACUGUAUUAUUAAAACGACUGGAGCCGACGUGUGUGCCACACCUCGAAGAAACUUUUGAUGUCGAAAUAAAUCUAUAAGAUGUACAUUAUAGUAGCAAGAACAACCCACUUGAAUUACCGUUCUACAAUAAAGACAUCUCCAUUCAAUCGCCAAAGAUUAAAGUGUGUGGCUGAUAAAGUUUUACAAAUGAUAAAGUAAAACAAUUGCAUUUCACAUCGGCUCCAAACUUUUUAUGAAGCCACGAUGUUUGGCAUGACUUAAUAGGCAACACGAUUUUAGACUUUGUAUGCUUUUAUUUACUUGUAGGUUUUCAUUUAAUAAAUUAAAUUAAAAUAUUGCAUUGAUAA